AUGGAGCCAAUGACAAUGUCUUUUGAGGAGUCUGACAUCAUGGCUCAACUUCUCGGCAACACUCAUGACUUCAACUUGGCAAUGCCGUCCAUGUUUUGGUCGAACGAGUUUUCUGACAAUUUCUGGCCUCAAACUAGUAAUGGUGUGUUCGAUGUUGCUUAUUCUGUUCCUGAUUGCGCAUUUGAUGGCUUAUCGGUUCCGGUUAAUUCAGUUGACACAACAAUGGAGUGUUUCUUUGUUGAAGAUGAGCAAACAAUGAUGGCUACUGCGCCGCCCGUACAUGUUGUUCCUAGUCAACCUUUGCUCGGAGAUGAUCUUCGAGACUCUGGCUUGAAGCGAAAGUUCGAUGCUGCAGUAACUGAAAAGGAUGAUGAUGUCUCCAAUGCUAGUUCUAAGAAAAAACCAAGAGUAACAACAGUGAAAAGGAGUACGAAGAAAGCACGGAAGAAUUCUCAAACUAAGGAUGAGGAUGACAACAAUGCUUCUCCGAAUGGGCAUAGCUCUAGUUGCUCCAGCUCCGAUGAUGAGCUAAACGGCAGAGGUGGCAUGAGCUCAAGUACAAAAGAUUCUGAAGCUCUGAAUCUGAGUGGUAAAACUAGAGCCAGUAGAGGAUCGGCAACUGAUCCACAAAGCCUCUAUGCAAGAAAAAGAAGAGAAAGGAUCAAUGAAAGGUUGAGGAUUCUCCAGAACCUUGUUCCUAAUGGAACCAAAGUUGAUAUUAGCACAAUGCUCGAAGAAGCCGUUCAGUAUGUGAAGUUUCUGCAGCUCCAAAUCAAGCUUUUGAGCUCCGAUGACAUGUGGAUGUAUGCUCCGAUCGCUUACAAUGGAAUGGACAUCGGUCUUGAUCUGAAUCUCCUUCCACAGAAACAAUGACAUCUGCAUCUUCGAAGUUUUCCUGAUUUUAUUCUUUUGCAUUUUACCGUGAAGAAUUCAUUGCUAUCUUGUAAUGGGAAUU